AUGUCCAAUGUACCACUGGGUGGGCUCAACUUCUCCGGACUGUCCAUCUCAUCAGGAUCAGGAGGAUAUAAUUCCCUAGGAGGUCAGCCACAAUCAAUGGUAGGAUACAACUCAUCUAGGAAAACAAGAGUUAUACAUUACAGCCGUCCCACUCGCCGCUCCAGACACAGUCGAAACCGUCUUUCCGAUGGCCUGGAUCAUAUGGAUGUGGGCUAUGAUAAGUUCACUGUUACUAUCAAUGGAGAUGUCAACUGCAUUCUUGGUGGAUUGGGUGAUUGGGAGAUCGAUGAUUGGAUGUAUGAUGAGCUCGGAUUGAAUAUAGGUUGGACUGAAUACUGA